AUGCUUGUUGAUUCUUUCGCAGGGCACGAAUAUCUUAGUAUGCUCGACAGAUAUUCUGGGUAUAACCAGAUUUUCAUUGUUGACAAAGACGUGCCAAAAAAUGGCAUUUCGAUGCCCCAUCGCCUUAGGCACCUACAAAUGGGUGGUGAUGCCCUUUUGCCUAAAAAUGAUGGGGCAACUUAUCAAAGAGCAAUGAACUCUAUAUUUCAUGAAUUCAUUGAAACUUUCAUGCAAAUUUAUAUUGAUGACAUUGUGGUUAAGUUUGUUUCAGGAAGAAGUCAUAUAGACCAUCUUCAACAAUCAUUCGAAAGAAUGGAGAUGCAUGGUAUAAAGAUGAAUCCUCUUAAAUGUGCUUUUUGUGUGCAGGCUAAGGAUUUACUAGGAUUUGUGGUCCAUAAGAAAGGAAUCGAAAUUAACCAAAACAAGACCAAGGCCAUCAUGGAAGGAAAAGCACCAUCAAUGAAGAAGGAACUGUAG